UAACUAUUCUUUUCUUCGUCCCUCCCAACUGAACCACUUCUAAAAAACAAAUAAUGUAGUCCAUCUCUCCCCGCAAAUAGUGCGCUUCUGUUUCUUAACCGCUCCACCCAUUCUUAAAUUCAAUUUAAGUAGAUCUCAAGAGUCUCGUCUAUACAUAUUCCAUAUAGCUGUAAUCAUAAUGAAUCAUCAUUGCAUUGGUAUACCUACAUAUUCAAGUAUGUAUCAUUGCAUUUGAAUUUGGUACGCAUACAUACGUAUUCAAGUACAGCUAAUCAUAAUUCAGUAUCAUUGCUCAAUCCCAUUGGACAUGGGAAGAAAUUCUGGAAACAAAUCUGCAGAGCACUCAAAAUGGCAUUUGGCAUCAGAAAUUUGUGAUCUCUCAAUUUCUCAUCUGUAUCCCGCAGAUUCGCCAUUCAUCGACUGGUAUCUUCUUCUUGAUGUUGAUGAGAGUGCUGACGCAGAUGUGAUUAAGCAGCGAUACCGUAAACUAGCUUUGCAGCUUCAUCCAGAUAAGAAUAAACACCCCAACGCAGAAAUUGCAUUCAAGUUGGUUUCCCAGGCAUACGUUUGCCUGACGGAUGAAGCAAGCAGAGAGGCAUUUGAAAGAGACAGAAGAAACCACAUAUGCCCAAAGUGCUACAUAGAAUCUAGUGCAAUAACACCUAGACAUGGAAAUGCUGCAAAGGUGGCCAAAACAUUUCCUCCAAUGGACAAGGCACGGCCAGUUUCCAGAAGCAUUUCACAACGUGUUAAAGAACUUAAAGCCAGAUUUAUUGAAGAAGUUGCAGUUAUAAACACCUGCUUGAAUGCCAAGUCUAAUUACUCAAUGAACCAACCUCAGACUUUCAUAAGACAAAAUGAGAUACCAAUCUUCAACCCAGUGAAUUAUGAGUUACAAGGCUAUCCUCAUCCUAGCAAUUAUAGGAAGUUGUUUCAUAGAUUUCAGGAAAGAAGAAUCGAGAAAGAUCAUGUUUUUAGCUACCCAGUGUUUCAGCCCAGAUCAGAAAAGGAAGCCUAUGUACAUAGAUUUAGUAGAACCAGCUCGAAGCAUAUGUCCUACAACUAAAAGCUGUUAUGCUUCUUUUCUAUGAUGCAGUUUUCAUCUCCUGUAGGUUGUCUAAUAAUCCAUUCUU